AUGUCCUGGCACCCGCAGUACCGCAGCUCCAAGUUCCGCCACGUCUACGGCAAAGCUGCCAGCAAGGACAAGUGCUACGACUGCGUCCCCAUCACCCACAACGUCCACGACAACCACUUCUGCGCCGUGAACCCCCACUUCAUUGCAGUGGUGACUGAGUGCGCGGGCGGUGGAGCCUUCCUCGUCAUCCCCAUCCACCAGACAGGCAAGCUCGACCCACAUUAUCCCAAAAUAUGUGGGCACAAAGGGAGUGUUCUGGACAUCAAGUGGAACCCGUUCAAUGACUUUGUAAUAGCUUCAUGUUCAGAAGAUGCCACGGUUAAAAUCUGGGACAUCCCCAAGUACUUGCUAACAAGAAACAUCACCACCCCAAAGAAGGAGCUUCUUGGGCACGUUCGAAGAGUCGGCCUCAUUGAAUGGCAUCCCACUGCCAAUAACAUCCUCUUCAGCUCUGGCUAUGACUACAAGAUAAUGAUCUGGAACCUCGACUUCAAGGAGGCUGUCAUCUCGAACCCGGUGAAGGUCCUCGAUGCUCACAAAGACGUCAUCCUCUCCAUGUCAUUCAACACAGACGGCAGCCUCCUCGCCACAGCCUGCAAGGACAGAAGGAUCCGUCUGAUCGACCCUCGUGCAGGAACAGUCGUGCAGGAAGCCACCUACAAGUCUCACCGAGCCCACAAAGUCUUGUUCCUCGGAAAUGUGAACAAGCUGUUCUCUACUGGAACAUCUCAGUGGAAUAACAGGCAAAUUGCGUUAUGGGAUCAAAACGACCUUUCCGUGCCUUUACUGGAGGAGGAUCUGGAUGGCUCCUCGGGACUCCUGUUUCCCUUCUACGACUCGGACACACACAUGCUUUACGUGGUGGGAAAGGGUGAUGGAAAUAUCCGGUACUAUGAGAUAAGCCCUGAGAAACCAUACCUGAACUACCUGAUGGAGUAUCGUUCUCAUUUACCACAGAAGGGGAUUGGAAUGAUGCCAAAGAGAGGCCUCGAAGUGUCAGCAUGUGAGAUUUUCCGUUUCUACAAACUGAUCCCGACUAAAAGCCUGAUUGAACCCAUCUCCAUGAUUGUGCCUCGACGGUCGGAGUCGUACCAGGAGGACAUCUACCCCCUGACCACAGGGGCCCAGCCAGCGCUGACGGCGCAGGAGUGGCUGAGCGGAGUUAACAAAGGGCCCCUGCUGGUGUCCUUGAGACCCGGCUCUGGAGCUGUCAGUUCCUUGUCGCAUUUUCUUGAGCCAGAGCCUUCUGACCUGAGCCAGCACCAGGGCUGGGCAGGAGAGAUGCAAGUGGAGGAAAUGCAGGACCCAAGUGAGGCUGAAGUCAGCAGAAAACAUCGGAAGGUGGAGGAGGAAUUGCCAGAUCAAGAGCCAAUGUGCAUCUCCAAUGGCUUUGACAUGUUUGAGUGUCCACCACCCAAAACCGAAAAUGAGCUUUUGCAGAUGUUUUACCGGCAGCAGGAAGAAAUCCGUCGACUCCGUGAGCUGGUGAACCAGAGAGAUGUGCAAAUUAAACAGCUGGAUCUGGAGCUCAGAAACUUCUGCAUGGACACCAGCCGGUACUGA